AUGAUUGCAGAGUACUCUGGAGUAGGUUGUGACUCCUCGGCCAACACCGACGCGGUCCUGAUGCCUAGGAGGCCGCUCUUUCUCCACCUUUUCUUUUUCCCUCUCACCUCAUCCACUCGCCAGCUAGUCAGUUCCCUUCCGGCUGGCUCCUCGUACCUCGUCCAAACGGCCCUUUUCCACGUUUCUCGACGUCUAGGUCUCAACGUCGACGCGGGACGGAAAAUUUCCAUCGAAGAUACACAGCCGAUUCUUUCUCUCUCUCUCUCUCUCUCUCUCGCGGUAUUUAUCCGCGCGCCAAUCCUAACUCCCUGCAAUGGCAACAGUAGGCAGCCCCAGGGUCUCGGGUCUCCUCGAGUCAUCUCCACAGCCGUGUCCUCCGGGCAAUUGUCAAACCCACAUCGAUUAAAUAGCAAUUACGAAGGCAGCGUCUCUGACGCCACGGCGCCACGCGUUGAAAUACCUGCUGCAGGAACGAGGAUUGCGAGGAGUGAGCUCCGGAGAUGGUGUCUACCUGGCGUUAUAUCAUACGAGAUUGUUAUGCCGUCAUUGCAAUGGUUUGGGAUACUGCUUUUGAUCAACUGCACGCGCUGCCUUGGCCACCAGAGGAUCUCCAGGCAGGCUGGUUACUCCUACGAAAGACCAAAGGUCGAAUUCUCUCUACCCUCGCCUCAAGAAUACGGACCACCACCGGUGCAGAAUUAUCCCAGCUAUAAUUACCCUCAGCCCCCUGCUUACAACUAUCCUCCACCUCCGCCACCUCCACCUCCGCCUCCAAUACCAUCCGUGGCAAUCGCUCGUUCACAGUCGACCGCGUCAGCAUCGACACCUAGUUAUAAUUAUCCGACUGCUGCGCCCCCGAGAAUCCCAGCCCCGUCACCACCGCCGAGAACCUAUUCGCCUUUACCGUCUCCGCCGAUGCAGAGCAGGAAAUACUUACCUCCCAGAGGAUAG